UUAUAUAAACGGUGUUUAUGUUUUGUGCAAAGGUUUUGCUGGUUUCACAGGGUUGAUUCCGCCUUGUCCGGGGGCACCUUCAGCACACCUGGAAUGCAAGUUCCAAGGAGUUGGGUCCGCGAGCAUGGCGGCUUCGUACACCCAGCCGUGGGCAUCCACAAGGGUGACCGUGGACGAGGCGCAUUCGCCAGCAAGGAUCUGGCCGGUGAGUUGUGCCGCUUACCACCGAAACUUUUGAUUAGUGAAAAGCUGGCAGAAGGUUCAAUGGCCUUUGGUCAUGAGUUGCGUAUGGCAGCAGAGGAGUUCACGGCGGCACCGGGACUUGUGUUGCUCACAGCCUUCCUUCUGCAUGAAGGAGCCGCUGGCGCUCAUUGCAACAGUUUCUACGCGCCUUACUUCCAUGUGUUGCCCAAGAAGCUCUCAAGUUUGCCGGUGUGUUGGCCAGAUGAUCACUGGUUGCAUUCAACCAUCAAGGGAAGCCACCUGGAACGGCAAGUCCGAGCCAAAAGGCACAAUUUGGGACUAGAGUUUGCUUUGUUGAAGAGCUACGUUGGCAAGCUGCCGCUGACUUGGGAGGACUUUCUUUGGGCGCGCUGUAUCGUCUCCAGCCGCGCGUAUUCACUUCAAAGCCAGCGCUGCUUAGUUCCUUGGGCAGAUCUUCUAAACCACGGCACGUCAUCAGAGGUUUGUGUGCGCUAUGGGCUGGAAGGCGAAACCGCGAGUGAUUUUGUCAUGAACUUGGGCCAGUUGGUUCCACAGGGUGCAGAACUACUGCAGUCGUAUGGUGAUAAACCAAAUGCCACGUUGCUCUUGGACUACGGCUUCGUUUUGCCACAGGCUCCCCCCUGCUGUGGUUUCUUUGGCAUUCCAACUGCCACAGCUUUUGGAGACAGAUCCAGCCUUGAAGGAAAAGAAAGUUUUUUGGACUCGAGUGUCCAAGGGACGUUCUUUUCGCAAAGGAGAACUGCUGCUAGAGGUCGAUGA